UCCACCGGAAGUGACAAAGGAAAACAAACGUCCACAUGGCUGGCGAAAGGUGACUGCGGUUUUGAAGUUUAAUUAGUGAUGUAAGAAUGAAUUCCUGAAUAUGGGGAAAACGAAGAAUAAAAAAUUCAAAAUAGAGAGACCAAAACCAACAGGUUUGAUAAGUGUUAAAGAUGCAGAGAAUGAAAUGGAACAGAGUACAGACUCUCCAAACAGUGACUCUAUUCAUUCCUUGCUCGAGAAGCUUAGUGGCCCGUCAGAAGAAGAGAGAGAAUGUAGUUGUACAACUUUAGCCAAUCUUGUAUCCCAGCCAAGUGCUGUAAAAAUUCUCCUUCAACACAAUGUGGUGAAAAUCCUGGCUCCUGUGAUUUUAGAUAAAAAUCCUGAGAUUCAAGUCAAAGCCCUUGGGGCACUGAGAAAUCUCAGUGUGGAUGGUGGUGAAACAGUCUGUCAAGAAAUGGUCAAGAAGGAUGUUCUCACACCUCUCCUGAUUCUGUUUAAACAGUAUGAUUCUAACUGGACCCCAGAGAAAUCUACAGGAAAGAAACACAAGGACUUUAAGUCUUCCAUUUUUACAGAAGCUGUGCAUAUAUUAUGGAAUCUGUGUGAGAAUAGUGAAGAGGCUUUGGAGAUUUUUAACAACGAGAAUCUCUUGCCUGUCUUGUGUCCAUGUAUGCAGUACACAGUGUAUGGAGAGGAAUUGGCAGUCACUGUUGCAAACUGCCUGUAUACAAUAACGGAAGACAAUUCCCCUGUCAUCAAGAUGUUUCAGGACCCAGAUGUUCUUGGUCUUCUAAAUUCUUUGAUUUCUUUAAGCUCUGACUCAUCAGACCUUAUCCUCUUAAAAAUGCUUGCAACAGGUAUUAUGGUAAAUAUCAGCUCAGGAAAAGCUGCAAAUGGUUUAGGCAGUGUAUUGAAAUCUGUCUCGGAGGUAUUAAAGCUUGAAGCCAUGGAUGUAGCUCAGAAAGUAGCUGGUGCAAAUUCUUCCUUAUUAAAUGGUGAGAAUGGUAUGGUGACAGACGAGGAAAAUGGCGCACCACACAAAAUAGUCACCGGCCAGGAAGAAGUAAAUGAAAAAUUCCGAGAUGUUCAGAAUAUUUUGUCUGCUCAACAAGUUGCCCUGGAGAUUGUUGCAAAUUUAUGCUGUGUCAAUGAUGACGGCUGGGAAGACAUGGAGAACAGUGAGUCCAGUAGUUGUGAUGAGGACGUCGUGUCAGAAGAGGCCAUGGAGCAGGACACCAUUGAUAUGUUUUCUUCUCUCUGUGUUUCAACAGAAGUUCAGCAAGCAGUAAAAGAGUUUUGUUUAUUUGACAAGGUCUGUUUAAAGUGUUCAACAGUGGAGUGUGGUAGUCUUCCUAAAAGUGUUACUAAAAGUUUUGUGAGGUUACAAGCCCAUGCUCUUCUAUGUAUGAACAAUAUGGUGAAUAGUAUGGAUCUGGAAUUAUUAGGUGGAGCAGAGAGGCUACAUCAAGUGUGGACAAGUCUAGCUACUCUCAUGACAAAUAUUAAAAGUGCUCCAGGUGACAACCUUUUGUUAGAUGCAACCACCAGUGCAUUGCGUGCUGUGAUUCAGAAACUUGCCAGCUCCGGCUCACCCAAGCUGCUGGAGGUGUCAGUGUCUGACCUUCAGUUUCUCUUUGACCUUGGUCGCUCCUGUCAGUCAGCUGACAUCAAGGUCAACAUAAUAAGGGUCAUAUCAACAGUAGGCGUGGUGUUCAGCAAACAGACCGGUUCACUAAAUGUUGAUAUUAUGAAGAACAUAGGCGUUUUCUUGCUGACCAUUGUGUGUGGUGACAGAGACUUGUGGGUGGUGUCAGAAGCCCUGGAUUGUAUAUUCGAUGUAUUUGGGGAGGAUCAUCUUGACCUCAUUGCUCAGGAGAUAGGGCUCACAGACAGGCUGUCCAAAUUUAUACCAGACAUGAAAGCAAGAGUAAAUAUAGCUAAAAAGAAACCAGAUGAGCAUUAUCCUGUUAUUUCCACAGCAAGGACAAACCUGAUUCGGUUUGUGAAAUACAAACUCUCAAAAAAGAAGGGGUCCUUGGCCGACAUGCGUCAGGCUUUGAUUCUUUUUUCCUGCGCUCUUGUGAGCCUGAGGGGCGCAGAAAGCGCUGCAACUGCAGCACCCUCAUGUGGCACUGUUCCUGCAGAUAUUGUGUUUUUACUUGACUCUUCAGGAUCCGUGGGAUCAGCAAACUUUCAAAAGCAGCUAGACUUUGUGAAAAAAUUCGCUAACACAUUUGACAUAGGACCUAACAAUGUGCAGAUUGGUGUUGAGACGUUUGCCACGUCUCCUCACCAUCAGUUUUUCAUGAACAAAUAUCCAACUAAGAGUACACUGCUAAAUGCCAUAGGCCAUGUACCUUACCAGUCGGGUUCCACUCACACCGAUCUGGCUUUGAAGUACGUCAUGGACCAUGACUUUAAACCGGCUGCUGGGGACAGAGACCAUGUGGUCAACAUCCUUAUUGUGAUGACCGAUGGUCAGUCCAACGACCGCCAAGCCACCAUUACUCAGGCAAACAAGCUCCAUAGUAUGAACAUCAAAACAUUUGGUAUUGGUAUCGGUAGUGGAAUUAACAGGGCGGAAUUAGAACAUAUUGCAACUGACGCAAAACACGUCUUCACUGUAUCAAACUUUGAUGCUCUGAACACCCUGCAAGCAGAACUGAAGAAGACAGCUUGUGAAGUCGACGGAGCUUGGAGCAAAUUCGGAUCCUGGUCUCCCUGCACCAAAACUUGUGGUGGAGGAACUCAUUAUAGAGAAAGGUCUUGCAACAACCCUCCACCUGCCAAUGGCGGUAAAAACUGUGUCGGAGCUGCAAGAGAAACAGGAACCUGCAACACUAAAGCAUGCCCAACGACACCCCCUCCCACUACCAAACCCCCAACAACCCGACCCCCUCCCACCACAACUCCCCGACCAGGAUGUGGUGUUGUUCCCGCUGACAUUGUCUUUAUUCUUGACUCUAGCGGCAGUGUAGGAAAUACAAAUUUCCAGAAGAUGUUGGACUUUGUCAAGAACAUGGUUAAUGGUAUGGACAUCAGCACAACUGGAACAGAGGUCGGUGUCAUCACCUACAGUGACAGAACGCAUCUGGAAUUCCACUUGAAUGCACACCACGACAAGCAAUCCCUCACAAAUGCUAUCAAUAGCAUCAGAUAUAUUUCUGGAGGAACCAACACAGCUGAUGCCUUGAAAUAUGCCCGGGAAACAAGCUUCCAGACAGCCAACGGUGCCAGAAAUAAUGCUGCCAAGAUUGCUAUCGUUAUUACCGAUGGUAAAUCGACCAGUACCAUUGCCACAUCUGCCGAGGCUCAGAGGUUAAGACAGAAAGGAGUUACCGUAUUCUCUGUCGGUGUCGGAGCAGCCAACAAACAGGAACUGGACGCCAUGGCUACUGACCCAGAUGCUUCUCACGUUUUCGUUGUCAACAAUUUCGAUGCUUUAAAACAGAUCAAUGGUGAAUUGGCACAGAAAGCGUGCGAAGUCAAAGCAACCACCGCCCCACCACCAGCCAACAAAACAGACUGUGGUGCUAAGGCCGAUAUCGUCUUUUUACUGGAUUCCUCUGGAAGUGUUGGGUCCACCAACUUCAACAAGAUGCUAAAGUUUGUCGAGGGUGUUGCCCAGACGUUCAAUAUUGGACCAAAUGAUGUUCAGAUUGGAGUGGACACCUUCUCCACAGGACACAAAGCUGAAUUUAAUUUGAAUUCUCAUCUUGAUAAGCAAUCUUUGGUUACAGCCAUUAGUCACAUCCCUUACAAAUCUGGUUCAACUCACACUGGUGAAGCCAUCCAGUUUAUGCAUGCAAAUAGUUUCACCUCUGCUGCAGGAAAGAGGCCGGGCGUACCGAAGAUUGCAAUUGUUGUCACAGACGGUAAUUCUAACAACAGACAGUUGACUUCUGCUGAGGCCGCCAAAGCCAGAAAGGACAACAUUACCAUGUUUGCCAUAGGUGUUGGACACGGAAUCAAUGAUAAUGAAUUAAAUGCCAUUUCAUCAGAUCCUAAUAGCCAAUACACCUUCCAUGCUCAAAGCUUCGAUUCUUUGACUUCCCUUAAAGGAUCUCUAUCAUCUAAGACUUGUGAACAGGCCAAACCAACCGUAGGACCAGCUCCUAACUGCAAAGCUGGAAGUGUUGCCGAUAUCGUAUUUGUUCUGGAUUCCUCUGGAAGCAUCACGAAACCAAAUUUCGAUAAAAUGAUCAACUUUGUUAAGGACAUGGUAAGAAGUUUCGACGUUGGAGCAAACAAAAUCCGAAUUGGUCUUGAAACUUUCAGCAGCCGUCCCUAUCAAGAAUUCCAACUUAACUCCCACAUGGACAAAGCCUCUCUCUUAGCUGCUCUAGAUAAGAUCACCUAUAAGAGCGGUGGUACCAACACAGGAGAUGCUCUCAACACCAUGUACUCCAAAAUGUUCACCGCUGCUAACGGCGACCGUUCAAACGUACCAAAUGUUGCCAUCGUUCUCACUGACGGUAACUCCAACAAUCACCCCAAGACAGUUAAGGAAGCUAACAAUGCCCACAAAUCGGGUAUCAAUGUCUUUUCUAUUGGUAUUGGCAGAGGCAUUUCCAAAUCUGAGUUGAAUGAUAUUGCCUCAGAUCCUGACGCCGAUCAUGUUAUGACAAUUACAAACUUCAAUCAGCUCCAGCAAAUUCAAGGUGCCUUCCAGGCCAAGACCUGCAAUGUUAUCCCUCCUUCUCCUGGACCCAACAUGACUCCCCCUCCACCAAUCGACCCCUGCCAAGAUGCCAUCGCUGACUGUGCUAGAUAUGGCCAGUCCUCCUGUAUCGGACAAUACACUGAUUGGGCUAAAAUCAAUUGUCAGAGAUUCUGUCAAUUCUGUACACCUCAGAUCAAGACCCCACCCCCUCCAUGUGAGGACUCGCUCGCUGCCCCUCAGAAAUGCACUCAAUUCGACCCUAAUGUCUGCACCCAGUACAAACCCUGGGCUCAGGCAAACUGCAGAAAAUUCUGUGGAUAUUGCAGUCCUGAUGCAAAGGGACAACCCGGAUACUAUGGAAAGUGUUAUUACAAUGGCAAGACAUACACACAAGGACAGAGGUGGUCUGACGGAUGUGCUUACGAAUGUACAUGCGAUGAUGCCCUCCAUGGAAAAUACAGCUGCUACAACAAAUGCCCCGCCUACUACAACCUACCUCCUCAGUGUACUCUGACAAAGAAGACAGGAGAGUGCUGUCUGCAGCCCGUCUGUAACUUUAACCCUCAGUACCAGACUCAGACAGGCCAGAAGGUCGCCAACGUCAACGGAGUCAACAUGUGUAUGUAUGCUGGUAAAAAUUACUACCAGGGACAAACCUGGUCUGUUGGAUGUGAAUACGACUGUCAGUGUGUUGAUGCUGGCGCUGGAAUGUGGAGUUGUCAAUCAAAAUGCCCCGUUUACCAGAAUAUCCCAUCCAUCUGUCAUUUGGAGACUCCUGCCGGUCAAUGUUGUCAGGAGCCAAGAUGUGACUUCAGCAACCAGUUCGGAACCUUCUCCGGUGUUGGAACUAUUUCUGGAAACGGAACAGCAACCACCCAGCCAACAGCCCCUCCACCAUGCGUUGACAAGAUCAACAACUGUAAUCAGUACCAACUGGCCACGUGUACAGACAAACUCUACAGAGACUGGGCUCUGGUUAAUUGUCCCAAAUUCUGCGGAUUCUGUCCUUUGUUGAACCAACCUGGACCUGAUGAUCGCUGUGUUUACAAGGGAACGACUCACAAACAAGGAGAGACUUGGUAUGACGGAUGUGAAUAUGAAUGUUUGUGUGAGAAUGCUAAGUAUGGAUACUACAGGUGCAAUAAGAGAUGCCCUGAUUAUACAAAUCUACCUCUUGGAUGUAAUAUGGUGAAGGUCAAUGGUGAAUGUUGUCCUACUAUCAACUGUACUGCAGGAGCACAGGGAACUUUUGUAGGUUCUGGUACAGUGCCAUCUAUCGGAGGAUAUCCCAUCCCAUCUAUCAGACCCACAGCUGCUCCUAACCCGCUCAAUCCAGGCGCACCCACCGUGGCACCACAACUUGUGCCCAAGCAGAUUGAUGGAUGUUACUACAAUGGUCAGUUAUACCAGCAGUCACAGAGAUGGGUGGAUGGAUGUAAAUACUCCUGCAUUUGUGAUGAUGCUAAAACUGGAAGAUACAGAUGUUCUCCUAAAUGCCCCACAUUUAACACCUUGGAUGCUUCAUGCAAACUGAAGGAAGAUCCAAAUGAUCCAUGUUGUCAGGUACCAGAAUGUAACCCACCAUCUGGAUCUACUCUGAUCAAUGUCCCUGUUCCAUCGUAUGGACCGGGCAUCACAGGGUAUGGUGUUGCUAAAUAUCCUCCCGUGACUGUGACUGGCACCACCGGACCAGGAACAAGUGGAAGUGGAAGUGGAACCCCAUCCUCCUUCACCGGUUUUGGAAAUGUAGGACCAACUGUAUCAGGAUCAACAAAGGGUGUUUGCAUCUACAAGGGACAGGUCCACCAGCAGGGACAGACCUGGGAUGACGGAUGUGACUACAGGUGUACCUGUGUGGACGCUUCCAUUGGACAGUACAGAUGUAGCGACAGAUGCCCCUCCUACCAGAACCUUCCUCCUCAGUGCCGUAUGAUUCAGGACCCCAAGGAUUCUUGCUGCCAGACAUAUGUAUGUGAUCAAACUGUAACCACACCUCGUCCAAUUCUAGCUCGAACCACACCUGCAUCAGGAACAGGAGAUUACUGUGUGUACAAGAGCCAGUAUUACCACCAGGGAGAAGAAUGGAUGGACGGCUGUAGUUACAAAUGCCGAUGUGAGGACGCCAAAAACAAAUACUACCAGUGUACAGAAAGAUGUGGACAAUACUCCAACAUCCCUGUUGGAUGUACCUACGUCACAGAUCCUAAGGACUCCUGUUGUCGUAUCCCACAAUGCAGUGUCUCCGGAAGCACUGGUCAGACAGUGACUGGAUUCAAUCCAGCUGGAUACACCGGAAGCUUUACCGGACAAGGCAGACCCCAAACUGCAUCUGGAACUACCUCAGGUUCAACUACAGGAUAUUCAAGUGCCUGUAUUUACAAGGGACAGAUAUAUCAGCAAGGUCAGACCUGGCAAGAUGGCUGUGACUACAACUGCGAAUGUAUCGAUGCAACAAAGGGUAUCUACCGUUGCAGUGAUAGAUGUCCACGAUAUGGAACACUGCCCACUGAAUGUCAUUUAGUACCAGACGCAAACGACCAGUGUUGUCAGAAACCAGAGUGCAAUCCAACUGGUCCUGCCUCUUGCCGUGACGUCAAAGCUGACUGCGCAUCUUACGGAAGUUACGCAUGUCAUGAACCCUACGCUGGCUGGGCAAAGGAUAACUGCGCUAAAUUCUGUGGAUUCUGUGGAAAUGGCACCGCAACAACUCAGACAACAUCUUCCCCAGGAGUAUGCGCUGACAAAAUUCCAAACUGUAAAGACUUUGGCACCCAAUCCUGUACUGGACAGUUUACUGGAUGGGCCAAAUAUAACUGUCCCAAGACAUGUGGAUACUGUGGUGCCACAGGAACUGGUACUAGUGGUGGAACAGUGACAGGAACUGGAGGAACCGGAACUUCUGGGACAGGAACUUCUGGAACAGGAACAGGGGCUUGUCAGGAUACUCUACCUAAUUGUGUUGAAUUUACCAAGAGUUCUUGUGUAGAACCUUACAUCUCUUGGGCCGUGAAGAACUGCCCCGCCUACUGUGGAUUCUGUGGACCAAAUGGUACCAUAAUUGUUACCGGAAAUACUGGUGGUAUGACUGGAACAGGAACCGGAACUGGCGGUACUGGAACCGGAACCCAAGGUGGAAUGACAGGAAUAGGAAUGGUGACGUCUGUUCCAGGCAGUUCUUUCACAGGAACUGGUGGCGGAUGCUUGUACAAAGGACAACUGUACACACAAGGAGAACAAUGGAAUGAUGGAUGUGACUAUAACUGCACUUGUUCAGAUGCAUCCCGUGGAUAUUAUGUGUGUAGGGCACUAUGUCCUCAGUAUACUAACCUCCCACAAGGUUGUGUCAUUGUUAAACCAAGUGGACAGUGUUGUGGUCAGCCUCAAUGUACUGGGAGCACUGGAACUGGUACCAUGACAGGAACCGGUGGAACCGGUACGAUGACAGGAACCGGAACUGGUACCAUGACAGGAACCGGAAAUGGUACCAUGACAGGAACUGGAGGAACCGGUACCAUGACAGGUCAAACCCAGGGAUGUUUCUACAAUGGACAAUUGUAUCAACAAGGGCAAACAUUCGACGAUGGAUGUAAAUACACAUGCACAUGCGCAGAUGCUUCUAGAGGUUAUUACACAUGUAAAAACAAAUGCGUUGAUUGGCAGCUACCACCUGUCUGCUCACUGAACCCACCUGGUCCAGGUAAAUGCUGCCAGACUCCAAACUGCCCCGCAGGCUUCGUCAUCAAUUAUCCUCCAGGCUACACGGAACAGUAAUUGUUAGUAAAGCAGUUAAAAAUACUGUUUAUAUUUGUAUCAAAUGUUUAUAUGAAGAGUACAUUAAAACUGUUACAGGUUAAGCCUCCUAUU